GACCAUGGUCACUGAUAAUACUAUUGGUAACACUCUACGCUGGAUGGGAUGAUAUCUUGCAGUGCCAGCAAGGUCCCCCUGCAGAACAAGGCACAUGUGCAGGUCAGUGAACAUCUUAAGGAGUCAGAGAAGGCUUGGGAGAAAGUGCUGCGGUCAGAUGAAACCGAACUUAACUCAGCCCACCGUGUUUGGAGGAAGAGAAAUGCUAAGUAUGACCCAAAGAAAAACAUCCCCACAGUGAAGGAUGGAGGUGGAAACAUACUGUUUUUCUGCUAAGGAUUACAGGAUGACUUUGCUGCAUGGAGGGGGCCACUGGAGGGGCGGGCAUGUACCAUAAAAUCUUACAUGAAAAAAAAAUCUCCUUCUCUCAGUCAGCAUGACAAUGAUUAAAAACAUACUUCCAAGGCAAUGGAGACAUGCUUAAAGUAGAAGAACAGUAAGGUCAUCGAGGGGCUAGCCAGCCUAAAUCCUGUAGAAAAUCUGUGGAGGACGCUGAAGCUUCAAGUUGCCAAACAGCUGCCAAGAAACCUAAAUGUUUCUGUAAAGAGAAGUCAACCAAAAUCCCUCCUGAGAUGUGUGCAGAUGUGGUGACCAGCUAUAAGAAACGCUUUAUCUCCGUGCUUAGCAACACCACCAGCUCCUGUCUUGGCACUCUAUCAUAUAUUUCCUCUAGGUCCACAAAGACACCGUGCAUGUGUUCUUCCAAUCUUCUCUCUACUGCUCCAAUAACCCUCUCAAAGCAAACAUCGCAUUGUAACGCUCGCCUGCUGCUCACUGAUCAUCACCACAACUUCUCCCAGCAGCAGGGGGCAGCAAUGAUGUAACAGUGGCUACUGUCUACCGGAAAUGAAAAGCUGUAGAAGAAGAACGCAGUCAUCUCCCGUAAAUGUGCUAACUUACGCGGAAGCAGCAGAGUGUGCUAACUGGUUGCAUUAAUUCUACAAACAGGCACAUUUACCUGCUCUAAAAGUUUUCAGGCUUGGAUCCGAAGUCCUGUGCCAUUUUUUUUUUCUUGAGCCCAUCAUUUACUGCUAUCACGGCUUCAUCCCUUCUUUAAAGCUUUAUUCUUGUGUAAAUUAAGGAAUUGUCUGCGGAUGGACUAAGUUUUGGAUUGGGACUAGGAAUAGGAUUAAGGACCACUUCCACAGCUAUUUGUGAAAGCAAGAAGUGAUCUCUAAAAGUCUGCAGGUGCUCCCCCUUCUUUUGUGUCAGCAGUGUCGCCUACUCAGCCAACAUGUCUGAUGGCCGGAUCUAUGUGGGGAAUCUUCCCAUGGAUGUCCAGGAGAGAGACAUUGAGGAUCUCUUCUACAAAUAUGGAAAAAUUCGUGAAAUAGAAUUGAAGAACAAUAGAGGCACUAUCCCUUUUGCCUUCGUCCGAUUUGAAGACCCACGGGAUGCAGAUGAUGCGGUCUAUGGAAGGAAUGGAUAUGGAUAUGGGGACUCCAAGCUGCGUGUGGAGUAUCCCCGUUCUAAACCUGGCCCAAUGGGAGGUGGUGGAGGAGCACCUAGAGGAAGGUUUGGACCCCCAACUCGAAGAUCUGAAUUCCGGGUCAUAGUGUCUGGAUUGCCACCAUCUGGAAGCUGGCAGGAUCUGAAGGAUCACAUGCGGGAAGCAGGAGAUGUCUGUUUUGCAGAUGUGCAGCGUGAUGGAGAGGGCGUAGUGGAAUUUCUCCGUAGAGAGGACAUGGAGUAUGCACUGCGUAGAUUGGAUGGGACAGAGUUCCGUUCACAUCAGGGGGAGACUGCUUAUAUCCGCGUGUAUGAGGAAAGAGGUACUCCCAACUGGGAUCGAUCACGAUCCCGUUCCCGAUCCAGAGGUCGCUAUUCUCCUUACUAUAACAGAAGAUCUCCCCCUGCGCGCUACCAGUCGCCCCCACGCCAUGCUAUGUCACGGCAUAGCCCACCUCCGAGAAGACACCUUCCGCCACACCACAGCCCACCACCUCGUCAUUAUCGGUAGAAAGUCGCAUCAUUUAGAGGAAUUGGAUGAUUUUUAUUUUUAUUUUUUUUUUUGGUUUGUUUUUGUAAUUCUACAUUUGAUUUUUUUUGUUUUUGUUUUGUUUUUUAAAAACCUCAGGCCUCCUCAUAGGACACACCAUUUUUAUUUCUUGAUUAAAAACAUUCCAUGGUCAGGAACCCCUGAACAACCUGCUCCUCCCCACAGUCUUGUUUUUUGGGGGGGGAGUGUUUUUUUGUUUGUUAAACACCCAUACAUUAUCUGGAAACAGAAUUAUGUGUUAAGUUUUUGUGAGAUAACCAUUUGACCAUUAUGUAACAUAUUGGAGGUUUCUUUUAUAAAGAAAUUCGGGAGUGUGAUGUCAAACAUUUAAAACAAAGUACACAUUUCUGCAGUCCUGCUUCUUGAAUUGACGUAAUUUUAUUUUUCAUGUGUCACAUCUUGGUAGCUUUAAGUAUGAAAGGGUGCGUUUUCUGUUUGGCCAAACCAAGAACCCAUAAAACUAAUCAGUAUAGUAAAAUUAGUGAACCCUUUUAGUGUAACAUGUUGACUGUGAGACUUAAUUGUCCUUUGGGUUUUUUUGGGUUUUUUCUUUGUACAUGUAGGCUGCUGACUGAGGUGGCCUAAAUGUAGAUUAUAAUUUGUAUGCAUCUCUAUCGUUUUUUUUUUUCUUUACCAAUAAAAUGCAAACUUUUACUGUGA